UAUCAACCCUUACAAAACGAGAAACCCUCUAUCCUUGUCGUGAUCACUAUCGAUAUAAAGGCUUCUGGUUCCCUUUUCGCUACUUAAGACAAACUUUAUUUAUGCAAGAAAAUUUCAAGGCUCAACCCUCUGAUAUUUUCCUCUGCAGCUAUCCAAAAACAGGUACCACUUGGCUUAAAGCCUUGACCUUUUCCAUUAUGAUCAGAGAUCGUUUUUCUGAUGAUGAUUCCACAAAUCCUUUACUAACCAAGCAACCCCACGAGUGCGUACGGACUGUUGAAGUUGACAGUUUCACAAAUCCUACUUUAGUAGAAGCAGAGUUCCCGUUGUUGGCCACACAUCUGCCCUACUCUUGCUUAGCACCAUCUAUAUUAGAAUCUGAUUGCAAAAUCAUUUACAUAUGUAGGGAACCAAAAGACACUUUUGUUUCUUGGUGGCAUUACAUGCAAAAGGUUAAAGAAAGCGCCGAUGCAUUCAAAGCAGAGGCUGUUCCAUUCGAACAGGAAUUCAAGUGGUUUUGUGAAGGCAAAUCGUCAUGUGGACCGUAUUGGAACCAUGUUUUGGAUUACUGGAAAGGAAGUAGUGUAGAUAGACCAGAGAGAGUGUUCUUCUUAACGUACGAAGACUUGAAGAGCAACACGUUGUGCUAUGUAAAGAAAUUGGCAGAAUUCAUGGGUAAACCAUUCUCUACAGAGGAAGAGAAUCAAGGGGUAGCUGAAAAAAUAGUUGCACGCUGUCAUUUUGAAAGUUUGAGCAAUUUAGAAGUGAACAAGAGCGGCUGUAUUCACCCAAAUACUUUGAGAGUCAAGAACAGCGCGUUUUUUCGAAAAGGAGAAAUAGGAGAUUGGAAGAAUCUUUUGACUGAGGAUAUGGCAAAAUCAGUUGACCACAUAACUCAGGAGAAAUUCCAAUCCUUGGGCUUGACAUGGAUCCCUGUUUCAACAAAUGAGUGCAAGAACAACGCAAAGGAUUAAGGGAGUAAUGAAUUAAGAAGAUUGCUUUUGGUAUUAUCAUUUCUGUAUUUCCUUAAUUUUUCUUCUUUGAUUCUCUUGUGUCAUGUUAUUGGCGUGUGGUUUGCAAUAAAAUACUAUAU